AUGUUAACUCUCACUUAUUAUCACUGGGAUAAUGAGAACAUUUUAAAACUUCUAAGAUUUUUUGCAGAAUCAGUGCAAAAACUAAAUGAUUUGAAAUCCGGAAGAAAGCCUCAGCAGGAAGAUGCAGGAACCGAAAUAACAAAGCAAAGGAAAUCUGAAUCUGAUAUGGUGCCAAAACCGUAUGACGAUUUAUUUAUUGAACCGGCUGGUGAUUACGAUAUUGUUUAUGCUGACUACAAUAUGACGUUGGUUUUUUUUCUAUUUUUAUCAGGUUUGGUCUGA